ACUGGUCAAGGCCUUUUCAGUUUUCCCUCUACAGCUAAUGCGAUUUCUCGUCGACCAUUCAUGACAAACCUUCUUCGGCAGUUUUCUUCUCUCUCCCAAGGCGACUUCACAGAUACAGACAGCCAAACUCCAAAGCCCUAAACAGACAAGACAAAGAUCCGCAAGGGCAAGGCUUCCAUGGACAUCACGAGCACCGAGCUGAACUUCCAGUCUCGGUCCCUAUCUCCUCCGGACAUGCAGAACAAGGCAGAGGCGGAGCCGAGAAACACGAACCCAUUUGCAGAAGCCUUCCCAGAUGAUGAUGACCCGUUAUGCAGGAUCAAUCUCAAGGAGACUGCGGAUUUCGUGAAGUCAUUUCCCGUUCUAUCAAACAGUAAGAGCGGGAAUAACAUGGGGAAUGAGAGGAGAGAGAGUUUGUCAUCGCAGAAGAGCAUUGGAGGAGGAAGCAGUAGUUCACACAGAAGAGGUCGACAGUUUGAAGUAUACCGUUACGUCUCAGGAGGAGGAGGAAGAAGAAGAAACUUCCCUUCGAAAUGGGUCGAUGCUGAGAAAUGGGUUACUUCUGGUCAUGAAUCCCCUGCGCAUUCCUUCAAGAACAGCCCCAGCAACAUACAUUUUGAUGGGUUUAAAGUUAAACAACAGGUGGAUUUGGUUUUCUCGGAGAAAUCUAGGGUUACAGAAGAGAAGGUGACAAGAACUGUCUCUGCAUUCCAUGGAUCUCCGCAUGUGGACCACCAUUCUAGUUAUGGCGUAAAAGGGUUUAAUGGGUCUGUCUCAUCAUCUCCGACAGAUCUUCUCCUUAAAGAUAAAUUGGCCGAUGAAGUCCAACAGAUUCUCCCGAGACACAAAGCUCUCGACCCGUCAACUGAAGGGUUCCUGUUCAGAAACUCGGCCGACGAACCCACCGGAGACUCCUCGCCGGAGAAAUUUCUCCGACAAGACCUUCAGCACAGAGAUGUCGGAACAGAGAUGACGCCGUUGGGAAGCCUGACGGUUUCGAGAUGCCACACGCCGUUCAAGAGCUCGUCGCCGGCGAGACACAACACGCCUUCCAAGAUGUCGGGACCUCUGACGGCGGAGACGAAGGGCGUUAUCGACAUAUCGGAGUUCGCAGACAAGCUUCGACUCGGAGGGACGGCUCAGUACGACUCGGUGACGAGUAAUUGGAGCUCGAGGGAGGAGGAGGAAGAGGAGAUUUCGAAAAGUUUGAGGCAUUUCGAUGCUGGAAGCGAAUUGAGGAGAAGCUUUUCUGAAUCAAAGGCCAAUUUGUGGGACGAGGAAGAGAAGAUCAAAUACUGCCAAAGGUACCAAAGAGAGGAAGCGAGAAUUCAAGCAUGGGUUAGUCUCCAAAGCGCUAAGGCCGAAGCUCAAUCUAGGAAACUCGAGGUGAAAAUACAAAAGAUGAGAUCGAAUUUGGAGGAGAAACAAAUGAAGAGGAUGACGGCGGUUCAUCGGAGAGCUGAGGAGUGGAGAGCCACCGCGAGGAGGCAACACAUCGAGCAGAUGCAGAGAGCUGCGGCUGAGCGAUCGAGGAAGACGGUGAACCGUCGUGGCUCCGCCGCAGUGGUCAGCCGGAGCUCGUGCGGUUGCUUUCCUUGCCACAACAACCAUUCUUAUUAUCAUUAGCUCGUGAAACAAAUAAUGUAAUGUGGACGAGGAAGAGAAAAUUAGUUUUUUUUUCCAAUUCUAUAUUUUUACUUUUAUUAAUAAUGUUUUUCUAUGUGGAUAAAG